GACUUGACGGGCUUCGCAUGUAGAUGCGAGACCAGAAUCAGGGAUGGCUCCAAACCCGCUGACUCAGGUUGCUGCUCGGCGCUGUCCAGAAUCGUCCGAAAACGGGAUGCGAACGCUAAACGAGCCGCGCUUUUCCGCCCAUCGAGCGAUGUCUUGUUCUGGUCUCAAAAGGGCUGGCGUCGUUCUAUCGCCCCCCUUCUGAUAUUAAUACGCUGGCAUUCUCCUCACCUUCAGGCCCAAGCAAUCGAACAAUGGCAGCACGUCCCAUCAGAUUUGCCCUGGCGAAAGCGAAAUUUGGCCUUCUCUCUACGCCCUUGACUCGCCCACUCGGGAGCCAGCCCCUCUCUACUGCUGUACUUACCCGCCAACCAACCGCCAAAAUGGCCUCGCAGGCGCUUCCGCAAACGAUGAAGACCCUCCUCCAGGCCUCGCGGCAAACGACCGAAGUCCUCUCUACAACCGCGCCCGUGCCCACCCCUACGCAUCCGGAGGACGUGCUCGUCCGCGUGCACGCCGCAGCCCCCUGCGCGGGCGAGCUCCUCUGGGCAAUCUACUUCCCCGAGAAUAUCCCCGCCGACAAGGAGCUGGUGCCCUGCCAGGACAUGGCCGGGACCGUCGUCACGGCGCCCGCCGGCAGCGGCUUCGCCGCGGGCGACCGGGUCUACUGCCGGAUCGACGCGUCGCGGGCGGGUGCGGCGCGCGACUACGCCCUGCCGCGCGUCAGCGAGCUGGCCAAGAUCCCCGAGGGCCUGGGCUGGACCGAGGCCGCCGCCACGCCGCUGAGCGCCCUGACGGCGUGGCAGGCGCUGUUUGUGCACGGCGGCCUGGACGCGAAGGCGAUCAAGGGGGACGCGGCGGCGCGAGAGAGGAACGGGCGGAUCCGCGUGCUCGUGACGGGCGCCGCGGGCGGCGUGGGCAGCUGGGCGGUGCAGCUCGCAGCGCUGGCCGGCGCGAAGGCGGUGGUGGCCGUUUGCGGGCGCGGCAAGGAGCAGAAGGUGCGGGAACUGGGCGCGACCGAAGUGGUCGACUACACCAAGACGUCGAUCGAGGAGUGGGUGGCAGCCGACCCGGCCGCGCGCGAGUGCGAUCUCGUCUUCGAGAUGGUCGGAGGCAAGACGCUGGCGGGAUGCUGGGCUGCCGUGCGAGAGGGGGGUGCCAUGGUGACCAUCAACACGCCUCCCGAGUUGGGCAAGCCCGAGGGUCUGAACAAGCAGUUGUCCAAGGCCCUGUUCUUCAUCGUCGAGCCGCUUGGCAGCAACCUUGCCGAAAUUAGCGAGCUGAUCGCGGCCGGCAAGGUGCGGCCGACGGUGGAUAGCGUGUGGGACUUCGCCGAUUACCAGAAGGCCUUCGCGAAGCUCGAGGAGGGUCACACCAGCGGCAAGAUCAUCAUCAAAGUUAGCGACGAGGCAUGAAAGGGUAUGUUGUUAUGAUCAUGUAUCGUGAGCUGUCGCCACUCAGUCAAAGGCCUGCUGCAUCUGAAGUAUCCAUCGCGGUUGUUUUGCAUCGAACUUGAUUUGGAGACAUUGGUGUGGUGUUGAAGGAGCUGAGAGGGCCAACUCGACGGUUUCGAAGCAAUGUGCGGGGCAGAAGACAGCCUGCUUUGAUUGGGUGCAAAUGCCUGC